AUGGUCGACACAAAACCCACACCGCAGCAGCUCACCGCGGCUUCGGCGCCCGCACGCCCGCGCGCGCGCCAUCGCCAGGCGAACCAGGAGGAGGACGCGACCAAGCUCCAGUUCGGCGAAUUUGCGGGCGGGGAGGCACUCACCAUCGGCGAGGUGCAGAGCCUGCUCGAGAUGUCGCGGCACGGAACAGGCGCUCCGCCUCCGCCAGACAACAAUGUGUACAAGCAGACUGUCGAGUACGUUAAGGAGUUCAACAAUGUCAAGCCGGGAGUUGCAGAGAGCAUGCGGCAAACGCUCCAGACUACGGCUGGAGAUUUCCUUAACACAUUCGAGGUGGCGCAGAUAAUGCACCUGCGCCCAGAGAACGUUGAAGUGGCCGUGUCGUUGAUUCCGAGCUUGGAACGCUACGCCAACGGCGACGCUGACGAGGACAAACUCCUGCACCUUCUCGAGGAGGUGCGCAACCUUGCGCGCUACGCCGCAUGA